AUGACGACCGAGAGCGACAAGUACGAGGUGCUCGAGAAGAUCGGCCAUGGCUCCUUCGGUGUCAUCCGAAAGGUCCGGCGCAAGAACGAUAGCCUCGUGAUGUGCCGGAAGGAGAUCAGCUAUCUGAAAAUGUCCGCCAAGGAGCGUGAACAGCUCCACGCAGAGUUCCAGAUUCUCUCCCAUCUUCGACAUCCGAACAUUGUCGGUUACUAUCACCGAGAACAUCUCAAGUCGACUCAAGAUCUUCAUCUCUACAUGGAAUACUGUGGCAAUGGCGAUCUAGGCAGGGUCAUCAAGAACCUCGCGGCCAAGGGGGAGCGAGCUCAGGAGUCCUUUGUCUGGAGUGUCUUCUCUCAGCUUGUGACGGCCCUUUACCGAUGCCACUAUGGUGUGGACCCCCCAGAAGUGGGCAGCAACGUCCUUGGCCUCUUCACAACUGCCUCCCGACCAAAGGUGCCUGCUGGCACCAUGACUAUCCUUCACCGGGAUCUAAAGCCCGAAAAUGUCUUCCUUGACGAGAACAACUCGGUCAAGCUCGGCGACUUUGGCCUGUCGAAGAUGAUUCAAUCCCACGAUUUCGCGUCCACCUACGUCGGAACGCCCUUUUACAUGUCCCCGGAGAUUUGUGCGGCCGAAAAAUACACCCUCAAGUCGGACAUCUGGUCGCUAGGCUGCAUUAUUUACGAACUGUGCGCACGAGAGCCGCCGUUCAAUGCCAAAUCGCACUUCCAGCUCGUCCAGAAGAUCAAGGAAGGAAAAGUAGCGCCUCUCCCGGACAUCUACUCCCCCGAGCUCAUGGGCACCAUCAAGGACUGCCUUCGCGUCAACCCAGACCGCCGACCCGACACGGCCCAGCUCCUCAACUUGCCCGUUGUCCGGUUGAUGCGGAAGGAGAAGGAGGUCGUUGAGCUCAACAAGGUUCUCAAGGCAAAAGAGGAAUCCCUCAAAGUCAGAGAGCAAGAAAUGCAGCGCAAGAUAGAGGGCUUCGAGGCGGAGAAGAACUACACGAGGCAGGAGAUCGACAACGCGCUACGGAGGGAAUGGGAAGUUAAGGCCCGCUUGGAGAUUGAUCGCCACGUCCAGAUGGAGAUGGAACGACUGCGAAAACGGUACGAGGACGAGGUGCAGGCCCGAGUUCAAGAGGAGCUGCAGAAAAAGGCCAUGGUCGCCGCUGCCGCUGCCGCUGCCGCUGCCCCAACCUCUACGCCAGCUCCAGCGCCAGCCCCAACCACCCUCCAGCCAGAGCCGGUGCAAGAAACAGACUUGUCAUCUUCUUCUGGCAGGUCCGAUUACCCUUACUCCUCUGUCGGUCACACCAGCGGAGAGGGCGACAUCUCUUCUGCCACCGACCUCACCGACCUCUCAGACCACAGCCCUGAGGUCCCAACCAUGGUUUCCAACAUGAAGAAAAUCUCCCGCACGCCUUUCGGCCGUGCUCAAACCAUGUUCGCGGGCAACCCCGUCGGAACGCCGAUGGACGUUGAAAUGGCAUCCCCUUCUCCCAUGGCCAUCGCGUCGCUCUCACUAUCGCCCCGGCGCAACGAGGCUACCAAGCCUCCGACUGCACACCCGGCUAACAUCUUCACCGCCAACGCAGCCGCCACCGGCGGCCCUGCCGACACUCUUUGGAACGUGCCGCGUGAGCCUCUUGUCAUCGACUCGGAUGACGACGACAUCAUCCCGUCUCCCACUCGGAAUAUCAAGUCGAGACAGAACCCCUUCAACGCCAGGAACCGGCCCAUCCUGUCGUCGCAAAAGACGGCGCCCGUUCCCCGCCUCAGGUCGAAGCUGUCAGGCACGGCGCUGAACUUGAACACCAACAAGUCUCUCCCGACAGUUCCGACUGAUCGGGGACGUAGUGGGGGCCUCGGACAACAACAGCCGGAGCGAUGCCCCUCGCCCAUCCGCCGGGUGAGUAAGAUCCCCUCGGCCACGAAUUUGCAGGCGGCGUCGGCGGCGGCGGCGGCGGCAGCAGCAGCCCACAACGGCGGCAGCGGCAGCGGUGACGCGGCAGGCAGCGGCCUCACUCGGAAGGCGUCCAACUCCAAGAAAGACCCGGAGUCUCUCGGCAAAAUGGCAGCGAAGAACAACAUCAGGGGCAGGACCCUGGUGGAGCUUCAGCAGGCGCGAGCAGGCGGCCGGCCGCUCUCGGCGCUCCCCGGGGUGGAAAACACGAGCCCGAAGCGCAACUUCAAGGACCGCAUCGCUGGUCGUCGGUCCAGUGCUGAGGCACCAGCUGCGGUGUGGGACCCCGAAAGAGACGAGAUGCCGAGCCCAUUCCUCGAGCGGAAGAAGCAGCCCCUGAUUCGGGCGUAG